AUGGCCAAGCUUUUGAAUAACCACAGUAGUAUCUCUAAUCAGUUACAACGGUCUUCCAAUAUGAAUCCUCAAUCCACCAUACUCGCAAGCUGCUACAGUGUCAACACAACGACUCCGGUGGUUGAUGGGUUUCACUACUGCACUACGUUGGGGGCUGGUAAUGGCAUCCCUGAGGUUCCCUCAGGGUCGAAAACUCCUAUCCAAAGCCCUCCCCCGGAGCCCUGUCUCAACCCCGAGACUGGGCGUGGCUUUCCGGUUGCUAAUUCACCGGAACAUAGAGGGGAGGCCGCGCAAACCAUCCCGGAAGAGUGUGAGAGGCUCUUUUGCGACAAACUGUCUGCUAUUUUCCUUGGUGAGGGGAGAAUUUCGAGACAGGAGUCGCUGGGGGUGGGUGCGCACCCGACCAGUUCAAACGAUUACUCGGGGCGCGAGCAUAGACAAAUUCAAACCUGGUUCGAAGUACUGGAUUACACAAGUGAUUGCGUAUACCGAGGAUUUGUCACCGAUAUGAAUGAUGACGAGCGAACACUCUUCGUAUUCUUCGGGCACGAUGAACUAGGACAAGGUCUCAAAACAGGUCUCAUAGCUCUUUUCGAGCUGGCCAAUAUUUCUAGCUUUGCUUGUUCACAGAUUGUGGCAUGCGUUCCUCGCUCCCAAGAUGCAACCGAGCUCGCGGUCAUCAGGAACUUAGGAUGGUGCGGGUUUGCCCUGUCGACAUUGCAGCCCUGGUGUGACGAACAUAUAUCUGAACCUUGCCUGAGUACCCGAUGGCUAUUCUUGAGCGCCGAAGUUUGA